AUGACGACGACGACGAUGAUUCAGACGACGACGACGAGAGUUUGGUCUUCUUCUUUGUCUUCUUCUUCUUCUUCGCGGAAGAGCAGCAGCCAUCGCGGAGGAAGAAGAGUCGUCGUCUCGUUGAGGAGGAUUCCUUCUCAAACGUUUUCUAAUUCUUCCAACGCUUCUUCUCUUUGCCGAGGCGUUGAUGGCGGCAACAGCGGCGGGUUCUCGACGCGAGAACCGGAAGACGAGGACAGAGACGCAAAGUUUGCGCUUUUGUUCGCGGAAACGUUUGAAAACGCGUCGUCUGAAUCGUCUGAAUCGUCUGACUUGUCCUCGUCCCCUGCUCCGAAGAAUUCGCUGUUGGAACUUUUAGAAGAAGAGGAAGAAAUUAAAGAACCGCCGGUUUCUUCGCUUUCAUCGAUUUUGAUGUCGUCCUCCAAUCGGCUCGAAAUCAUCGAAAACGGCGAUGGCGAAACGACGCGUAAAGCUUCUCUUUCUUCGACUUCCUCGACUGUGAUCGCCCGGUGGAUUCUCGUGGCGAAAUACGGCCACAAAGCCGAGUGCGUUAAGAUGUUGCACGAGUGGGCGGACACGGUAGGGCGAGCGGCUGGAUUAGACCCGACGCGCGAUAUUUUACUCGUAUCGGGGAAUAUUGGCGCGAACGAGUCGACGAUUGAGUUGGAAAUCAGGAACGGGUUGAGCUCUGUCGGGGCUUUCGAUCAGUUGAUGCGGAAUAUAGACGUGACGAUGCACAGAGAAUGGGGGAUGCGAUUCGCCGAGCACGUCGUGGACGGGACGACGAGGUGGGAGAUUUUCACCACGCAUCCGUUUGUGAGUGGUAGUAGCAGUACGAGUAGCAACAGUAGUAAUAGGAGCAAUAGUAAAUACUCCAGGCCUGGGGUGUCAAGAACGCAACCGAGACGCGUGCUUUCGCCGCAAAAGAAGACUUCGACGGAAAGUAGAAGUAGCGCGAACGGCGUGCGCCCGAAAUACGAAGACAUACCGGAGGAGGAGUUGAUGAAGUACAUAGGGAAAACGUUACCAGACGGACGCCGGGUGGUUGAAAACGCGUUCGGUGUUCCAAUGGUUAUCAACCCCGGAGAUAUCUUUUUUGAUUGA